GUGCAACUGCACCAUCGUUCGCUGCACCGGGCAAUUGCACCAAAUUUCUCAAGGUACCGCUGCACCCCACAGCACCGGGCCAUUGCACCAAAUUUCUCGAGGUGCAGCUGCACUUGUCAAGGCCUAAAGAGAAUACCAUGUCAGGCAGUCUUGGCAGAUCGACCCCACGUCGUGGCCGAUCCGAGAGGGGUUCAUCACAUGAUAUGCAUGUCGACAUUGGAAGAGAUAGAUCCCUUAUAGUCUGGGACCCCC